AUGGGAUGCCUCCAAAUCAGGGGCAAAUCUUACAUGUGUGUUUGGAGAGGUUCAGCCAAGGCCACCUACCCUGCCGCAGCGCCGCCGGCCGAAGGCAAGCGCCGGCACUCGUGGACCAGCGACGCGGACUUCCAACUGCUGACGCCGCCGCCGCGCGCGCUGGGCCGCGACCGGGCCGGCGCCGCCGCCCACGCCGCCCCGGAGCCCUGCGGCUCCGACAGCGACGACUCGGCAGAAGCCGGCGACUCGGGCGUGGAGGACGCGCACUCGCAGUCGCACGCGCUCAGCACCUGGUACCUCGACGACUUGGAUGGCGAGCCGCCGCUGCCGCUGCCGGUGCCCGACCUGGUGGGCCGUGCCGCGACGGUGCGCGAUGCCGGCGAGCUGAGCAGCGGGCCGGCGCCCACGAGGACGACGAAGACGACGAGGACGCCGCCGAGGACGACGCCGCCGGAGGAGGAGGAGGAGGAGCCGGAGGAGGAGGAGGGCAUGGGCCAGCGACCGUCCGCGCUGCUCGCGCGCUCCCGCCCCAAGCUGUCGCUCACGUGGGUGCUGCGCGGGCAGGGGGCGCGGCGCCGCGACGCCCGCCCCGGUGGUGACCGUGGUGGCCGCGCGGCGGCGCGGCGGCGGCCCGGCGGCGCGCGGCGGCGCCGGCGUCGUCGCCCCCGCCCGCCCCGCUGCUCGCCGCGCGCGUCGUCGCCCGCCGCCCGCCUCAAGCGCCGCCCCCGGUGCCGCACGCUGUCGGACCGUCGCUGCUGCUGGCGGCGGAGGCGGCGACGCGUGGGCGGGGGUGGAGGCGGGGGCGGGGGCGGGCGGGCCGGCCGCGAGAAGCACCGCCACCGCCGCGCGCGCACCCCGCGCCACAAGUCGGAGAAGGCGCGCAAGCCGGCGCGCUUCGGCUACGAGAUCCAGGACGUGGACGCCUUCCUCACCAAGGCCUCCAUUGAGAAGCCAGCCAAUAUUCCAGUUGUUUUGGCAUCCCCGUGUGUGUUGUAUCAGACUCGAACAGGAGGUUAUCAAGAUGAAGUAGCAUUGCCAUUAGGUAUGGUUGUAAAUGCAGUGUUCAAGAACCAAGCUUGGCUCUAUGUUCAGACACCUCAUGGCGAAGAAGGUUACGUGAACUAUGGAGCAUGUCUUCCCCUUGGUAUUUUGCCACCGCCCCAGCGUUCUCACUCCAACUCCAAACCACCCCCCUGCUGGGAAACCCACACCGAUAUCUUUCCCCAACCUCUAGGAAACAGAACAGAUAAUGAAAAAUUACGUGAUGGAACACGAUCCGAGUGCGGGGGAGCAAGAUCGUUCAGCAGUGCACGAAGAGGACGAUACGGUCUAGAAAGAGACGCAGUGUCUGCUUGUGGGGAAAGGAGUGUUGAUAGACUGUAUCUGCGAGCCGCAGCUAAUGCAAAAUCUAAGGGAACUACAAGGCACACUUUGUUGGUUAUUCGAUCAGAUUACAACAGUAAGGGUCGAAAUACGCUCUCUGUCUCUAAAGGAGAUGUAGUAGCACUUGUAAGUGGACAUUUAAAAGACUGGUUUUGGGUUCGAAGUCGAGAUGGUAAUGAAGGUUUUAUUCCUUCCGUUGUUGCAGGUCAUGGAUUUUUGUGAGACUCGAGGAAGCAGUUCAUGACUUUCUUCUUGCCUUAGUCACUUGUGUGUAAAUACCUUUCUACCACGAAGAAUAAGUUAUGUUAUCAUUCAUUUCCACACAUUUACCUUAAAAUGUAAAUUUUGUGAAUAAAAAUAUCAUUUAUUCAUUAUUUGAUAAAUGACCGCCAGCAAAUUGCCUUCGAAAAUUAGAGAAAAUCGGCAGGAGUUUUCGUGCACAUUUAUUACAAUUAAGGUUUCCCAAUACUAAUAUAAUUGGCUAUUUAUUUGUCUGACAUAAUAGUUUAUGCGUUGACAUUAAUAUAUAAAUGUUGCACUUUCUACUUUCAUAUAAGAUGAUAAAACUCUGUUAGGUUUUUCAUUAGUGACAUAACACUUAUUUAUAUUUAUUAAUGAAAGGGUUAUCCAAUCCCAAUCAUUUAGUCAUUUUAUUCACAUCAGCCAAAGAAUAAUAAUACAGGCUGAGUUCCUCAGGAAACAUUUCAAAGGCACAUGAGUUGUGCUCCCAACAAUUAAAAAUAGACGUUAAUAAUUAAUUAUAAGAUGUAAAAAACUUCAGGUCUUAAAAGCAGUGGGGGCUACCAGCUUCAAAAGUUGGUAGAUAACAAAAAUGGGGGCGUUUGGUCCAGGUGUGCCCGUCAACACACCCAUUCGCCGACGAGGAUCCACAGGAAGUGAAGAACUUCCGCACAAUUUAGCAGAACCCAUGGCACUCACCUCAUCAUGGAAGGCAUAAAACGCUUGUUGUUGCUUUACAAUGGACCAUAUUUGUAUAAUUAUUGAAAUUUGAACGGAUUCUGUUCAAACGUUUACUAAUACGUUAAAAUAACGUCAAGGAGAAAAAUCUCAAACUUGCAAAAAAUCUCAGGCCUAAGCCGCCACUGCUCAAAAGUAAUGGUAAAGUGUCUUUAUCAAAGAACAGAAAAAUGUUUAUUAAAUAAACAAAAUUGUAUACACAUAUUUCAAAUACUAAUUCCACAUUAUUAAUUAAUAUUUGUUAAUUUUCAAUAGUUAACUUGAUUUUUCCUAAUUUGUCCUAUUUCAAAAAAAAAAAAAAAAUGCAGAGAAAGAGGAACAGUCGCAAUGUGUUUUAUGCUUUUUGUAUUGAAUUGAUUGAAUACAACAAGCCAUAUGUAUUUAUAUUUUUAUUUGUACUUGUCUUUGACCUAUGUAAAAUAUCCUUCCACAAAACCACAUUCCCUUUUCGACAUUUUCCAUUUCAUAUUACAGGCACUGAUCUAAGGGGAGGGAAAUGAGG